GUGUAGCAAACAGUGCAAAGUGAGUCAGUAUACACGCAGCAAAUCAGUGCCUCAUAUAAACAGCGACAAUUCGCUCUAUUAAGUCCAGUAAACCUUAACAAGAGAUCCAAGAAGAACAAGAAAAUGUCAGUUAGCUUCAAAGCAUUUUUAUAUGAGCGCUCCUGGCGUGGAAAUCCUGUGGAAAUUCGACGUUUCAAUGUCGACCAAGAUGUCUCGACCAGCUACACCUACCUACUGCAAAAACUGACUCAAGUCUUUCCAACAGUUACCACUGGAAAUGUCUCCUUGGCAUGGACUGACAGUGAUGGUGAUAUGAUUGCAGUCUCCAGUGAUGAAGAGCUUGUUGAAGCUCUUGGACAAUUCGAUGGAGGACUUUUCAAACUUUACCUGCUGAAAAAGAAUACACCAGAGAGCACUGCUACUGAUGGUUCUACUGCAGCUGAAGAGGAAAAACCAACUGGUUGUCAACAGCAGAAUGGUCCCAAGUGCCACUGGGGGGUAGUGUGUGAUGGUUGCAGCGGCCCCAUCCUGGGAGUCCGUUACAAAUGUCUGGCAUGUGCUGACUAUGACCUGUGCUCGGUUUGUGAGGGGAAAGGAGUUCAUGUUGACCACAACAUGAUUACCAUUACCGAGCCACGCUCACGGGGGCCACGGGGACCCGGAGGAGGCUGUCCUUUUGGAGGCCAAGGAAGACCUGGCUGGGGGAGAUGGGGGAGACCAGGAUGUAUGCCGUCUACAGCAGGCUUCCCACCGAUGUGGGGCGCUGGCCUAGGCAAUGCUGGACCUUGUGGUGGGGCAGGUAAAGGACCUGAACCAACUGAACAAACAGAGGAGCAAAAGAGAGCUCAAAUCCGCAAUAUUGGUCAAGCUGUGUCUAAUUUCCUUCUACCCUUUGGAAUAAAGGUGGAUGUGGAUGUGACUGGAGAAGAAAAGAAAACAGAGCCUGCUUCUGGAGAACCUGCUGCUUCCCCUGAGGUGUCUGCUGAAGUGAUUGAAGCAGCGCUGACUCAGUUGAGGUCCAUGGGUCACUCUGAUGAUGAGGGUGGGUGGUUGACAGAGCUAGUCAAGGCCAAGGGAGGAGACAUCACUAAAGUAUUGGAUGCCCUCCACUUCACAGAGACUGACUGAAACUGAACUAUGACUAUAAUUAUGAACGAACAUUGAGUGUAACAAAAUAAUGUAGACAAUAAUUAUGCUGCUUUUUACAAUUAAAAUGAAUACGCCAACAUAAACAUGAAAAAUAUCAAUGCUGUGUAUAA